AUUAAACCGGUUUGAGAACUCCCUCACUCAGGCAGAGAAAGGAAUAAGCUAAGUCCUGUCAAAGGCAUGCUCACCUGUUGCAUCUUACAAUGGGGGAUUUUACGGACUGUAAUAGUAUAGACAGCCAAGUUUUAUCGGUCGUUCCCAGUAGAGAGGAGGACAUCAAAGUUGUAUUUCACAAAGUUAGCGGUGACGACGACAACGAGGAACACACUACUGGGAGGAUUUAUUUACAAAGUAAUUGUCAUGAGGAGCGGGGUAAUAGUGAGGCAAGGACUAGAGCACUGGAUAACAGUGCGAAGGAAAUAUUCUGCCCUCUCAUGUGUAGUACAUUUGGCGGUGGCGGGGAUCCCAUCUCAACGGACACAGGAGGCACAGUUGCCAAAGAGAAGAAGCGUUGUCCGGGACUGGGCCUUUUCUAUGGCCUGCUGGCAACUGUUUUCUUCUCUGUUAUAGCCCUUCUGGUGAAAACAAUAGAUGGGGUCCAUGCUGUAGAAAUCAGUGCCAUUCGUUGCUUCUUCCAAAUGCUGUUUGUGAUGCCUAUGCUGAUCUACUACAAGACGGGCUUCCUCGGACCAAGAGACAAGCGGGUCUAUUUGGUGAUGAGAGGGUUUGUUGGUUCCAACGCCAUGAUCCUAUUGUUCUAUGCAGUGCAGCAGAUGCCUCUGGCUGAUGCAACAGUAAUCAUGUUCAGCAACCCAGUGUUUACCGCCCUGCUAGCCUGGAUCUUCCUCAAAGAGAAAUGCACAAUCUGGGACUGUGUGUUCACUGUCUUCACCCUGGCUGGUGUCAUAAUGAUAGCCAGGCCUCCCUUCAUAUUUGGUGCUCGUGUAGAGGGAAUCGAGGGAGACUACACUAGUCAUCUGAAGGGGACCAUUGCGGCAUUCGGUGGAGCGGUAGGAGCAGCCUGCACUUUUGUUAUACUCAGGAAAAUGGGCAAAAGCGUCCACUACUUUUUGUCUGUAUGGUACUACGCAGUCAUUGGUUUCAUUGAAUGUGUCAUCACUUUGUUCAUACUCGGUGAAUGGACCAUUCCGUUCUGUGGGAGAGACAGGUGGAUCCUUAUGCUGAUUGCAAUCCUGGGCAUUGCUGGCCAAACGUUCCUCACCAAAGCACUUCAGAUCGAGAAGGCUGGCCCGGUUGCCUUGAUGAGGACCAUUGACGUGGUCCUGGCCUUCAUUUUCCAGUUCAUUUUCUUUAACCAGAAGCCCACCCUGUGGAGUCUGGGUGGGGCGUGUUGUGUGGUCAUCAGCACCUGUGGCGUGGCUCUAAGGAAGUGGUACAUCAGCACACACAAAAUGAAGACCUAAGAUUCAUGCAAUACCAAAUACAUUGGGUAUUGUUUUGCUACAAUCAAUUAAAGCUUGUCGUUAAUGUUCAGCUACUGUGUGUUACAGUGCAUCCAAGAAAAGCAAUAUUACAUCCAAAUGUUACAGUGAAAGGUCAGUGAGGUUAUCUGCAAAAUGUUAUAUUAGUGUAUUUUUGUAUUCAAAAUGAGCUGAUAUUCUUCGUUUUAUUCCACUGCUGGUAAGAAUUGAUUUGUUGUGGAAAUUAAAAAAAAGUGUGACAGGGUGAAAUUAUUAUUCUUUUUAAAUCAAAGAUGUUUAAAAUAUUUGUUUUGCACUUUCAGUCAUGUAUCACCAAAAUAUCUGGAUAUCUAUAAUGUUCUUUCUGGAUAGCAAUAAUGCUUACAUUCAGAUGACAUUUAUCCUGCCUAGUUCAGUUGUAUAAAUUGCUAUAUGAAAGUAUACCACAGAAAACAUGUUGCCUUCCUUUUGAAAAUGUCAUUAGUAAUUUGUAACUAAGCACUUGAGUUUGCACAUUUGUGUUACAUGAAAUGUCAGUUAUGUAUAGGUUUUAUAGUCAUAGAAACUACUGAUUGUCUUGCAACUAUGCUGUUUUAUAUUAUGUAAUUGAAAUCAAAUGCAAACGCUUAUCCUUUUUUAAAGCACUUUCUCAGAUAUGAAUUGACUUUAAAAAUGUCAUAAAAUGAAAUAUCCAGAAGUGUUGAAAAUGUUUAUUAACAUUACUGGGUAAAAUUAUUUUCAGGUAGGUCUACACAAAAUAGUGACACUAUGAACUAUUUAAACAAACCAUUCAAUUAUUCAAUGUACUUCUUUGUAUAUUGUCCUCUUUUCUUUUUUACAAUGUUUACAGAAUCUGAUAGUGUUUCUAUAACUUCAUGUGACUAACUUUAUGGGACCAUAUUUCACAAUAUGUUUCUCCUCAAUGUGUACACUGAGAUAUACAGUUUAAUUUAACCUUUGAGUGUUUCAUGUUUGCUUUUAUUUGAUUGAUAACGAUUUGGACAUAGAUUUCAACUUCAUUUUUAACUUGAAUCGAAUGUUACUACCUAUAUGCCUUAGUAAACCGUUACUCAUAUGUAGUUAUAAUACUGCAUUAUCUAUAUUACUAUUUCAGAUAUUUUAUUAGAAUGACAAUUCUUCUGAAAGCUGUAUAUUUA